CUGUCAUAACUGAAUCAACUAAAAAUGUAUAAUGAUUAUGUACACAUCUUCUGUAUCAAAACACUGAUUCUGUAUAUUAUAUAUUAUAAUUUAGAUAUUUCUCAAGCAGCGAACGAAUUACUUGAGCCACGUAUAAUUGGUGGAUACGAAUGUCGAAAAUAUCCUAAAAUUAAUACGAAAUUCAUGGUAGUCAUUGUAUAUAUUCGACAACAUAAUUGUGGAGGCAGUUUGCUUAAUCAAAACUGGGUUUUAACUGCAGCUCAUUGUUUGGAUAAAUGGCCUUUAUAUGUCACCGAUGCCGUUACAAGAGACAAACAUUAUAACGAUUAUUCUAAAUACGACUUGGACGAAUCAUGUCCACUUCAUCGAAUACGAAAGUUUUACAUUCAUUCAGAAUAUGAAUAUGAUAAAUAUGAUGUAUACAAUGAUAUAGCGUUGGCGAGGUUAGAUUCUCCGAUGCCGAAAACUAAAACUAUUCAGUAUGUAAAACUUCCUUCCGUUAUCAAAGGAGAUGUAUCGGAUAUCUGUAAUAUUGGUUUAUUGAUGGGAUGGGGUUUAACAAAUCAAACAAAAUAUACAAUUGCCGAGAAAUUGAUGUGUGUAGAUUUAAGAAUACUCCCACACUCAGAUUGCAUAAAACCUUUCGAUAUACCAAAAACACAAAUAUGUACAGAGACCAGUUACGUGAAAGGCAUGUGUAUGGGGGAUUCUGGAGGCCCACUGAUGUGCGGUGAUUUUCAGUGUGGCAUAGCAUCCUACGGUAAUCCUAAUUGCACAUCCGGACGUCCAGCAUUUUAUACAAGAGUGGAUAAGUUUUUAGAUUUCAUUAAAUGGACCAUGGAAAAUAAUGCGUCUCAGAUAAUAUUUUUAAAUUUUUUAAUAUAUUUGUUCGUAAUUAUAAUUUACAAUAUUGAAUAACAAAACACAAGUUUUUAUUUUAAG